AUGAUAGCUUACAUAGAGCCAUACUUCUUGGACAACGAGUCCGACGCUUCCUCCGUUCUAACCGUCACCGACGCUGUUUCUGAGUCACUCGACAUCCAAGGGGAAAUCUUAUGCGGCGGCGCUGCGGCGGAUAUCGCCGGGAAGGACUUCGGUGGCAUGAACUAUGUGAAGCCUCUCGCCGUGGUGAGACCGUUAGGACCGGAGGAUAUCGCCGGAGCCGUGAGAGCAGCUCUGAGUUCAGAUAAACUCACGGUGGCGGCGCGUGGAAACGGCCACUCUAUCAACGGCCAGGCCAUGGCGGAGGGAGGACUCGUCGUCGACAUGCGGUCCACGGCGGAGAAUCAUUUCGAGGUUGGUUUCUUGGCCGGUGGCACGGCGUUUGUGGAUGUCUCGGGAGGGGCAUUAUGGGAAAAUGUGUUGAAACGGUGCGUUUCGGAGUAUGGUUUGGCGCCGAGGUCGUGGACUGAUUACCUCGGGUUGACGGUAGGCGGGACGUUGUCUAAUGCGGGCGUUAGUGGACAAGCGUUCCGUUACGGUCCGCAGACGGAAAAUGUAACGGAGUUAGAUGUUGUGACGGGGAAUGGAGACGUCGUUACUUGCUCGGAGAUGGAGAACUCGGAGCUCUUCUUCUCUGUUUUAGGUGGUCUUGGUCAGUUUGGUAUCAUCACCAGAGCUAGGGUUUUGCUACAGCCAGCACCUGAUAUGGUGAGGUGGAUAAGAAUAGUAUACACCGAGUUCGACGAGUUCACUCGAGACGCUGAGUGGCUGGUGAGUCAGAAGGACGAGUCAUCGUUUGAUUACGUGGAGGGAUUCGUGUUCGUCAACGGAGACGACCCGGUCAACGGAUGGCCUACAGUUCCACUCCACCCAGACCAAUAUUUUGACCCGACCCGACUCCCACAAUCUUCCGGGUCGGUUCUUUACUGCCUGGAGCUUGCUCUUCACUACCGAGAUUCCGACUCAAACUCAACCGUCGACAAGAGAGUGGAGAGAUUGAUCGGACGGCUGAGAUUUGAUGAAGGAUUAAGGUUCGAGGUGGAUCUUCCUUACGUUGACUUUUUACUGAGAGUAAAACGGUCCGAGGAGAUCGCAAAAGUGAACGGCACGUGGGAAACGCCGCACCCUUGGCUUAACCUCUUCGUAUCGAAGCGUGACAUUGGAGAGUUCGAUCAGAAGGUCUUCAAGGAGCUUGUCAAGAAUGGAGUCGGUGGGCCUAUGCUGGUCUACCCACUAUUGAGAAGCAGGUGA